AUGAGUUCGGAUUGCAUUACAAUUCCAGUUAAUGGAAAAGAUUUGUGGAGCUCUCUCAAUUACAAUGAGAGUCUAAGAUUUUCCCCCAAAUUUCGUCUCGCCCUUCGAGUCAGCGAAUAUGAAGUGGAGACCCUACAAUCCCGUUACAAAGAAGCCGUUGGCAUGUUUGUUCGAACAAACAAAGCAGGAGAAAUCUUCGCCGACGCCUUAAACGGCUUAUGUCGGUGCUUAAAUAAUCUCGUUACCCCAAAGGCACUGAAAAAAUCAAUCACCAUGUACGACGCUGAAGCUGCUAAUCAAGCUAAACCUGUUAGUAAUGGAGUUUACCCAUCACCUAGCGCGGAAAAGGCUAUUCGAUACGAAGGUUUUCUCUUUAAGAGGAGUAAAAAGAAAAGAUGGCGUACUUGGGUUCGGCGUUGGUUUAUGGUGACUGACAAUCGGCUGGUCUACUUUUCCUCUUUCUCAGACACCUUUACAAGCCUCACCUGGAAAAUCCUUGAACCAGAUUUACGUCUAUGCACUGCAAAAGCUGUUAUUACUGAUCGACGGUUUGUAUUUGAGUUGAUUUCUCCAACAGGAAAAGUGCAUUAUCUCCAGGCGGAAUCGGCUGAAGCCUUGGAAAAAUGGGUAUCGGUUCUUCGAUCUGGAAUUAUAAACUCAACGUCAACCAAUGGGGAAUUGAAAUUAUCGAACGCCAUGAUGUGUUCUUCGCUGAGUGGUUCGAGGGAUAGUCUGCGCAGUCUGAGUGGAGUUCUACUUUUGGAUGAACCUCCGUCUGCAGGAAAUCGGCUUUGUGCUGACUGUCUCACGAGUCAUGAAGUCAAAUGGGCAUCUACUAAUCUUGGUGUUACUCUGUGUACGGAUUGUGCCGCUUGUCACAGGAGUCUGGGAGUUCAUAUAUCAAAAGUAAGCCUUAAUGCCUUUCUCAUUGAAUGUGCUAGUCAAAUUCUUGGUAAGAGAUUAUUCUAUGUAAGCAACUUUCCUUUAUCCGUUUCUCUGUUGUCCUUUCAAUGUGCGAUUGGUCUUUUUGACGUUAGCAAGUCGGCAUAUUUUGAUUUCAUUGGUUAA